CAAACUUAAGCUUCUCCCUAAAGUUAGGCGACUGUCCUGCUGAGCGCUGCAUUUGGAUCUCUGACAUGGAGGUUGGUGCAGGGAACAGCGCUAUCUUGCAGAUCUGACGGACUGUGCACGGCGGCUGGUCUCACGCGGAAGGAGCUGAUUUGAGCUUGUUUUGAGAAGGGGAUGUUGCUGAUCUGGAGGUGUUGUGCUGACCUGGCUGGGCCACUGCCCCUGGGCACAGGUUUGAAGGGAAGAAGAAACUCCUGACUCUCUGUGCAGUGUACGUGUCUUCUCUGUACAUGUUCAAGAAGCCAGUCCUUCAUGAAUAAGUCGUACAAUAGAUGUGGCUCUUCAUCAUAUCUGACAUUUGUGAUUGUUAUGUUGUCAUUCUGGGAUGUGGCAAUAUCUUUCUCUGCAGAGGAGUGGGAAUGCCUGGAGCCUGCUCAGUGGAAACUGUACAGGGAUGUGACAUUGGAGAAUUACAACAACCUUGUGUUUCUGGGUCUUGCGUCCUCUAAGCCGUAUCUGGUCACAUUUCUGGAGCAAAGACAAGAGCCUUCAGAAGUGAAGAGACAAGCGGCCACUACUAAGUACUCAGGGGGAAAAAGCUAUACGUGCAAAGAAUGUGGCAAAGUCUUUGAGGGGAAAAAAGUAUUUCAAAAUCACCAGAUAAUUCAUUUAGAAGUGAAGCCCUACAAGUGUGAAGAGUAUGGCAAGUCCUUCCGUUUUUCAUCAUUACUUUAUGAACACAAAAGAAUUCAUACAGGAGAAAAACCCUACGAGUGUGAAAUAUGUAGCAAGGCUUUCCACAUCCCAUCAAAACUUUUUCAGCAUAAGCUAAUUCACACAGGAAAAAAACCCUACAAGUGUGAAGUAUGUGGCAAAGCCUUCUGCAUUCCAUUAUUACUUUCUAAACACAAGAUAAUUCAUAUGGGAAAGAAUCCCUACAAGUGUGAAGUGUGUGGCAAGGCCUUCGAAUAUCCAUCAAGACUUUCAAAGCAUAAGAAAAUUCAUACAGGAGAGAAACCAUACAAGUGUAAAGUAUGUGGCAAGGCCUACCGCUCUCCAUCAUCACUUUGUGAACACAAGAGAACUCAUACAGGAGAGAAACCCUACAAAUGUGAAGUAUGUGGCAAAGUCUUCCAUUACCCAUCAUUACUUUCAAAACACAAGAUAAUUCAUACAGAAGAAAGACCCUACAAGUGUGAAGUAUGUGGCAAGGCCUUCCAUUAUCUGUCAAGACUUUCCAACCAUAAGACAAUUCAUACAGGGGAGAAACCAUACAAGUGUGAAGUAUGUGGCAAGGCCUUUCAUGUUCCAUCAUCACUUUCUGAACAUAAGAGAACUCAUACAGGAAAGAAACCCUAUAAAUGUAAAGUAUGUGGGAAGGCGUUUCGUUGUCCAUCAUUAUUUUCUAACCACAAGAGAAUACAUACAGGUGAAAAACCCUACAGUUGUGAAGUAUGUGGCAAGGCCUUCCGUACUACAACUUUAUGUUCUAUACACAAGAGGAUUCACACAGGAGAGAAACCUUACAAGUGUGAAGUAUGUGGCAAGGCCUUCCACUAUUCAUCAAGACUUUCCAACCAUAAGAAAAAUCACGCAGGGGAGAAACCAUACAAAUGUGAAGUAUGUGGAAAGGCCUUCCAUUAUCCAUCCAUACUUUCUAAACACAAGAUAAUUCAUACAGAAGACAAUCCCUACAAGUGUGAAAUAUGUGGCAAAGCCUUUGAUUAUCCAUCAAGACUUUCCAACCAUAAGAAAGUUCAUACAGAAGAGAAACCAUACCAGUGUGACGUAUGUGGCAAAGCCUUCCAUUAUGCAGCAUUACUUUCUAAACACAAGAUAAUUCAUUUUGGAGAAAAGCCCUAUAAGUGUGAAGUAUGCGGCAAGGCUUUCCAUUACCCAUCAAGACUUUCGAACCAUAAGAAAAUUCAUACAGGAGAGAAACCAUACACGUGUGAAAUAUGUGGAAAUGUCUUUCGUUUUCCAUCAUCACUUUCUGAACAUAAGAGAAUGCACACUGGAGAGAAACCAUAUAAGUGUGAAGUAUGUGCGAAGGCCUUCCAUUAUCCAUCAUUACUUUCUAAACACAAGAUAAUUCAUACAGGAGAAAAUCCCUACAAUUGUGAAGUAUGUGGCAAGGUCUUCAAUUAUCCAUCAAGACUUCACAAACAUAAGAAAAUUCAUACACAAGAGAAAUCCUACAAAUAUGAAGUGUGUGGCCUAGCUGUCUAUUGUCCAUAAUUACUUUCUUGCCAUGGACUGGGAUUUCUUACGGGGUCCCUUGUUCUGUGGGACGAGGGGUUCUGGCCAGGUGUGCACAGGAUUUGGCUUUGACAAACAGAUUAGACACGAGUGGUGUAAGGUCUGAGUGUCUUUUUCAAAUAUGGAGUCAGGUUUAUAUAGUCGAUACCGAAGGGUUUGAAAGAGUCAGGUGGUACAAUGGUCAAGAUACAUCAAAACAAGGUGCCGGUACAUCGCCCUUUGUCAGGAACACAAUGAGUCAGCAGCAAAGUAAAUACAUGUUAAUUUAGCAGGAACUAAACAGGGAUUACAAUCUGAAAGAAAGCUAGCUCUGAC